CUGCAUUACAUUUUACAAAAAUAAAUGUUAAACAUAGUUGUAAAUGAUAUUAUUUGGAUUUUAUGUUUUUAAUUCAAGGCAAAAUUCAUACAAUUCAUGAAAUGUCUUUUUUUAUCAUUAUGCAAAGCUGAGAUUACCCCUUUAAACUGAAAUGUGUUUGCCAGAUGGAAUAUUGAGAACGUGGAUUUCCGAGAUGGGUACAGUGCCGGCCCAGUGUGCGUGUUUGAUAAGCAAGGAAACGCUGUCGUCAUAUCCGCCUUCAACCAGUUCAUGUCGGCAUCCGUUCAUCUCCGAAAAAGUCCGGGAGUAGCGAGUGCUUACUGGGGCAUCAUGGGAGAUGUAGACAGCGUGCCAGCUGGCUUUGAGUAUCAGACCAUAAUCUACUACAGUCAACACGGCAUAAACAAGGCGUUUGAAGGGUGGGGACAAACACUACGGAAGUGGUACGGUAAACCAGACUUGCGGGCACAGGAUUCGACGCUAAAUUACAUCGGUUAUUGGAUGGAUUACGGCUCGUUUUACUACGACAAUCCACUUGAUAACAGUACGUACGAGCAGACGAUUCUGGAAGUUCAGAAAAAUUUAAAACAACAGAAGACCUCGGUUAAUUAUUUCCAGCUGGAUGACUGGUGGUACGUAAAGGAAGAAAACCAGACGACAGUGAUUACGUGGGACGCUGACGUCAACGCAAUACCCAGUGGGAUGAGGAAAUUUCAAGACGCCUUGAGGAACAAACUUGCUGCGCAGUGUGGUGUAUGGUCAGCCAACACGACUUAUGCGAAAAUCAACGGGGGUAACUUCACCUUUCUGGUAGAAGGUGACACAGCUCUGCCAAAGCAGUCGGAAUUUUGGAACUAUCUGUUCAGCACGGCUCAACAGUGGGGACUGUCUUUAUUCCAACAAGACUGGAUGAGGAAACAGUCGGAGCUGAUGUCGGUGUUUAAAACAGACCUGCACGUCGCCAGACAAUGGUUGGUGGAUAUGGGUGCUGCACGGAAAUACAACAUAGCCAUACAGUACAGUGGCGCCCUACCCAGACACGCCCUCCAGUCGGUGGAAGUUCCAUCAGUCACUCAGGUACGUGUAAGCGCGGAUUACAUGAAGGAUGCUGACCAAUGGAAGAUCGGGGUCACUUCCAUACUGGCCGACGCCCUAGGUCUGGCACCAUUCAAGGACACAUUCUGGUCAAACGAGACAGAGUCGGGAAACCCGCAGUAUUCGAGAGAACCAGCUCCAAUAAGACAACAAAUCGUGGCGACUCUUAGCACGGGUCCCGUUGCCAUUGGAGAUAAACUAAGCAGCCUGAAGCACACGAUGAAUUGCUGUAAUGCGAAUGGUUUGAUUCUGAAGCCAUCUAGACCGGCGACUGCGAUUGAUGCGCAGCUAAUUCAGGCAGCGUUUCAAGAUGGCAGCGGACCGGAAGGAGAGGUGUGGACGACGUACAGUCAGAUUGGACCGUUUAAAUUUGGUUUAAUAUUCGCUGCGAACCUCACCGGAAACUACUCGUUAGGCCAGACUGCAGCGUUUGGACGACAUUAUCCUGUAAGCAGACUGUUCUAUAUGGAACAACCAGCGUUCCAGUUUGAAUUUUCCGACAGGAAACCAGUGACACUGUGUUGUACCGAUGACUGGCCGUAUUAUCUUCUGUUUUACACUACACCUGUAAUUCGCUUCAAAAAUGUUGAAGUACUUCUCCUUGGUGAGCAUUUCAAGUGGGUUCCGAUGUCUCCUCGCCGAGUGAGUGACAUAUCUGUACUAAGUGACUCGAUUAAAGUGGCACUCGCCGGAAAACCUGGGGAACAGUUGACGUUUAUCUAUUCGGUAAAUUCCGACACUCGCUACCAACGCGUUACCAUAGGAACUGGCGGAACGACUGUCCUCGUGUUAAACACUACAGCACCAGCGACUACCACGGCGUCACCAGUCACCAGACUUACUACAGAGAGUGACGCCAAGCGCGUCACCGCAUCAUUUGCAUUAAUUAUGUUAAUUAUAUUGACGGUCACAAACCAGGUGUAAAAAAAGGAAAUCAGUUAUGCUGUCAAAAGUUUUAACAUUCCCAGACUUUGUUAAUGUACAUGAUGGGUAGACUUGCCAAAAGUUUAAUUAUCCGGAGAAAAUAUGUUCAUGAACUGACGGAAGAACAACAUUGUACUAUAAGACGCGACAAAUUCAAAUUCCACCCAAAUCUGGUCUCUCUCUCUCUCUCUCUCUCUCUCUCUCUCUCUCUCUCUCUCUCUCUCUCUCUCUCUCUCUCUCUCUCUCUCUCUCACUGUCUCUACCCCCGUUCUCUUCAUGUAUUCUUCAUUUCUCUUUCUCCUCUCCCUCUUUCUCUGUUUCUGUAUCUCAACCCAUGCCUCCCUCUAUCCCCUUUGUCUCUUUCUCCCUCUUCUAAUGUUUGCCUGUAUAUAGCAUUUUCAAAGCUGCAUUAGUUUUAGUAUUAUAUUUUGUGAGAUAUUUUUGUAGACUGUUUCAUAUUGUGUAUUUUUUCUUUGUUUAUGUAUUUUUGUAUAACAAAAACAUGUCAUAUACAUAGUAUUUAUGUUGAGUUAUAUCGAAUAUAAUAUAUAUAUAUAUGAAUGUAACCCAGGGGAUGAAGACACACAUUCACAUAACGGCAUUCAUCGUGUUUACGUUUACUAUGAAAACCACUUGAAUUAAUAGUGUUCUAUAGCUAGCAAUAUAUGGAAGGGCGCUGUACCCUGCCCCAGUUUUGUGUCCUAAUUCAUUGCCGUAAAAAUAAAUAAUAUUUAUAAU